CCGGAGGCGCGGGGUGGUUGCGCCGGACCGUUGCGGGCGUGAGGCUGCUGAGGGGUGCCGCGCGCCCGAAAGACCGGUACUUGCGGGGCCUCUAGCUUCGCCCCGGGCUGCGGGCAGCCCUGGCGGCCGCCGGAGACCGCAAAGGGCGGAGGAAAGCAGGGGGCGGCGGGGGCCGGCCUCGGAACGCGGAGGAACAGCCGAGCAUGCCCCGAGACAACAUGGCCUCCCUGAUCCAACGGAUCGCCCGCCAGGCGUGCCUCACCUUCCGGGGCAGCGGGGGCGGCCGCAGCGCUUCCGACCUCGGCGCCGCACCGGGCCCCGAGGCCCCGAUGCCGCAGGGCUUUCCGGAGAACCUGAGCAAGCUGAAGAACCUGCUGACCCAAGUCCGCGCCGAGGACCUGAAUAUCGCCCCGCGUAAGGCCACGCUGCAGCCAUUACCGCCCAACCUGCCGCCGGUCACCUACAUGCACAUCUACGAAACCGACGGCUUCAGCCUCGGCGUGUUCCUGCUCAAGAGCGGCACGUCCAUCCCAUUGCACGACCACCCGGGCAUGCAUGGCAUGCUCAAAGUGCUCUAUGGCACUGUUCGCAUCAGCUGCAUGGACAAACUGGAGGCGGGCUGCGGGCAACAGCCGCGGGCCCCGCCGCCGGAGCAGCAGUUCGAACCGCCGCUGCAGGCCCGGGAGCGGGACGCCGUGCGGCCAGGCGUGCUGCGCUCGCGGGCCGAGUACACCGAGGCCAGCGGCCCCUGUGUCCUCACUCCGCACCAGGACAACCUGCACCAGAUCGACGCUGUGGACGGACCCGCCGCCUUCCUGGACAUUCUGGCCCCGCCCUAUGACCCCGACGAUGGCCGGGACUGCCAUUAUUACCGGGUGCUGGAGCCCGUCAGGGACAAGGAGGCCUCUGGCUCGGCCUGUGACCUUCCCCGAGAGGUGUGGCUCCUGGAGACCCCGCAAGCCGAUGACUUCUGGUGCGAGGGGGAGCCCUAUCCAGGUCCCAAAGUCUUCCCUUGAAGCCGCUCGCGCCUGGCUGCUGUGGGCCGAAGACAUGCCCUGUUCACAUCUGGGCCUCGCUGCCCGCGACCCACCAUAAGGGCUCUGUCCGUACCCCCAGGCCUGGGCGUUGGAUCUACUGGAAUGGGCUGUAGCCGCUUUCUCCGGAGCCGUGGGAAGCGCUGACGUCUGGAGUGCAGCCACGGGGCCGGGUUAGGGGGUGGGGAAGGCGGGUAGACUAGGUUGUUUCCUGGCUCUGUCACUGCCACCGGGGUUUUGAUUUGGGGGAAAGGGGGGAAGGGGGACUAUCUGAAGCGCUUCCGUCCUAAAGCCAUAAUGAAAAUAUUCUUUUCUCUGUUCCUUAUCCUAUACAAAAUACACUAAAUGCCCCCACUCCCUUUACCCGGGUAAAUAGGGUUUGUUUUCCACUUAUGUCCUAUGCCCUUUUACUUAUUGUUAUAGUUUUAACUUAUUGACUGCAUGACCCAGUGGUUUGAAUUGUUUUUAGUUCAAGUCAUUGGUAAAAACUAGGCUUAAAAAGAUGAGCUACUACUUAAAAUGAGCUAUCCUGCCUAAUUCAUUCGUUAUGGAAUAGAUCUUUUUUUCCAGAGUUGGGGCAUCACCCCAAUAACAUAACUAUGCAUGUAGAGGACAAGAUUUAAUUUCUUUCCUCCUCUUGCCCAGUAGCCACAUCUGGUUUACUCUGGCAGCAUCUACUAAGAAAUUCAGCACCUGCAUAUCUCAGUGACAAAUGGUCACUUACAGCUUCUCUUCCCCAUGAGUCUCCAGAUCUGUGAGUUGAACAGAUUGCUUGUUGCAGAUUGACCUUUAAUGCAAAAACUAUAUUAUCCUCAAAUGACUUUUUUUUUUUUUUUUUUGGUCUUCGUGUGCUUUAAGAAGUUAGGGUAAUUCCAUGUUUUCUAAGGAGAAGGUUCAAAGGAGCUAAAUCAGCAUGCUUCCAAACAACCGAAUGUAAAACACUCCUAGCCAGCUGUUGAAGUCCAUGCCCCUAUUUACUUCCAGUAUUUUCCUGCAAAAAUAGAGAAAGAUGUUGAUGACUGUUUGAGAUUCUCUCAGGAGCUCUAGUGUUCCAGAAGGCUGGUGGUUCCAGCUGUAUUGUUUUGGUGGCAGUGUUCUCAAAACCCCUCAGAACAGUAGAGAACCAGUGUUUGCUUCAUCCAGUGUAGUUUUCUAUAGGAAGAGAGAAGGCACAGAUGAUCAAGGUUACAGAAUAGAGAAUUACCUAUACUGCUGGCCAUUUUAGAGCACCAAAACUUGGGACAAAGUACUUCCUAACCUCUUAAACAAUUGUGCUAUCUGUAACUAGUUUUAUUUUUGUCCUUUUAGGAAGCUCAGCAACUUUACCUUGUUUACAAAUGUAUUUACACUAUUUGCUUCAGGCUAUGGAGCACUAUUGUUUCCCUCUUUUUACUAUUUAUAGGAUUCCUUUUUCACAACACUUUUAAUAAAAACAAACUGUAGAAAUAAACACGUUAAAAUCUGCCCA